CAUGCAUGAUUAUAAUAAAGUGAUCCACAUGCAUGCAACUUAGGCACGCACAACAUGCAUGCUGCAAUUGUGUUAAGUUGUGACGUGGCAUUAGUAAGAGGUAAUGGCCGGCCAAUGAGAGCGAGGCAAUGACGUGUUAUGGACCAAUGAGAGCGAGGCAUGUGGAAGACAACUAAAGCGGGAAGAGAGGCGAGCUAAGAUGAUGAGUAUAAAAGUGUAGUUGCUGCUCUUAUUUUGGAUUUGUCGUUGAUUGUGUAGUGUUAAGCUGUGAGCUUCGGAGCUUAGGUCGUGGACCGAGAGUUCUUCUUCGUUCAUUCCUUCUUAUCGUGUAAUCUUGUUGUUGAUUCAAUAAAACGUUCUUUCUUUUGAUCAUUCACGGGUUGAGGCUGCGUUUUAUCGUUGAGAUCGAGUAUGCGAGCUAAGACAGGGAAGUUGCGAAGAAAAAUCGUAACAAAUGGUAUCUAGAGCCAACGUUCCUCGGAAAAUGACGUCGGCGACGCGAUUGACGGAGGAGGAGGAGAUAGAGUUGGAAUGGGAGAGUGUAUGGGAGAGGAUUAAGGACAGGAUGGAAGCAUCAUUCUGCAAAAUCAAGCGAGAACAAAAGGCUGAUUUCGAUGCAUUGAAGAAAGCAAUUCUAGAUCUAAGCAUCUCGAGCCAAGGUCGAUCGAUGGAGACAACGGAUGCGAGUUCCGGCAAUUGCAAAUCACAAUUGGAGCUUCCUAAAUUCGUCGACGAUCGGGAUUUUCACAAAUCAAUUGAUGUUGAUCGAGCAAUUGCUGAUGAAGAUCUAAUGGAGCAACAUAGCAGUGAGAGUUAUGAAGAAAUGGAUAUAGAUUUGAAGAUCGGAGUGGAGGAUUGCAUAAGAGUGUCGACGGAAAUUGAGGAUAUUGAAUUUUUGAGGAGUGAUACUCAACAUGAUGAAGUGAUUGGUGGUAAGAUGGGGAAACAAUUUGAUAUUGAGGUGGAGAGUGCAGCGAUGUGGCAACCGAGGCCCAUUGUUCAUUUUGAGCUGAGAUUUGGUGUUGAUGCAAGGGCUGUUGAGAGGUUAGAUCAUGGAACCAUGAAUGGAAUUGAAUAUGUGCAACACAUUGUUGCAUUUUCAUGUUACAGAACUUGUUCACAAGCAAAGGAAUUUAAGGAAACUGAACGCCUGCCAAUUGCUCGACGAAAUGCCUCACUGAGAGAGCUUGCUGUCGCCUUGAAGGUGGUGACAAAUUUGAUGAGGCUGUCAAUUCGAUUUCCUAAACCUAUGGUGAAGAUGAAGAUUAUGAAGUUUGCUAGUAUAGUUGGCUAUGAAGAAGAGGAAGAAGAAGAGAUUAAAAUGUCAGCGAUCGUGUGUGGCAAGAGGUCCUACUUCGAGGACAUCGACGCCGGGGCGUCUUCACCGGCCGCUGCAUCGCUGCCAGCUUACAAGAAGCUCCGAUGUUCUUCUUCCACGUCGCCGGUUCGGUUCACGUACUCUCCGCCGGUACACACUAGUUCGGUUGAUCAGCUCAAGGAUUUGUUUCCUGAACUGGAAAUCCAGCUUUUAGAGAAAGCUCUGGAAGAGUCUGUCAAUGACUUGGAUUUGGCUAUAAAGAAACUUCAUGAGUUUUGUCGUGGACAUGUGAAUGAGAAGAUUGACACAACUGAAGAAAAUGCAACCAUGGAAAAAGUUGCAUCACAAACCAGUGGGGAUUCAGUUCCUUUGCAGGAGCCUCAAACUCAAAACAAUCUGCCGGCAGAUGGUGCAGAAUGGGUGGAUUUAUUUGUGAGGGAGAUGAUGAGUGCUACUAGUAUAGAUGAUGCAAGAUUCCGAGCAGCCAGCAUACUGGAGAGUUUGGAGAAAUCUAUCAGCCCUCGGGCCUGUGCUGAGGCAGCUCAAAACUCUUAUAAGGAAAAUUUGAUGCUGAAGGAACAUAUCGAGGUUCUUCUCCGGGAUAAUGCCAUCCUCAAACGUGGUGUAGCCAUCCAGUACGAGAUUCCUAAGCCAACUGUAAAGAUGAAACAUGAGAGGCUUGGUUCGGAGAUUCCUAAGCCAAGUGUAAAAUUGAAGGUAUGGGAAGGUAAAGCACGAGAAGCUUGGCUCCAUGAUUCCUUGUGGACAAGGAAUCUUAAGGGGGAGGGAUUGUUACGAUCACAAAUUGUAGAAGGAAGAUCGCCGGCCGACGCUUCGUGGGAGUUGCCGACGGGAUUAUGGCAAAGGUUCUCGUGGUUCCUUGUGGACAAGGAACCCUAAGAGGGGGGUAUUGUUGCAUGCAUGAUUAUAAUAAAGUGAUCCACAUGCAUGCAACUUAGGCACGCACAACAUGCAUGCUGCAAUUGUGUUAAGUUGUGACGUGGCAUUAGUAAGAGGUAAUGGCCGGCCAAUGAGAGCGAGGCAAUGACGUGUUAUGGACCAAUGAGAGCGAGGCAUGUGGAAGACAACUAAAGCGGGAAGAGAGGCGAGCUAAGAUGAUGAGUAUAAAAGUGUAGUUGCUGCUCUUAUUUUGGAUUUGUCGUUGAUUGUGUAGUGUUAAGCUGUGAGCUUCGGAGCUUAGGUCGUGGACCGAGAGUUCUUCUUCGUUCAUUCCUUCUUAUCGUGUAAUCUUGUUGUUGAUUCAAUAAAACGUUCUUUCUUUUGAUCA